AGUUACACUAGUUGGUCAAACACAACUGUUCCCUGGCAGCCGAAGUGUACUGUGGAUUAUAUGCCACAUAACCGCCACGUUGAUAUUACGUUUAAAUACAUUUAAGCCCCCUAAUCUAUAACCCAGCUCUUGYGGACAGGUCUUGUGGCCAUGGCGAAAGACCCGUUGGCUGAAGCUGGUCUUCAUUUUGAUGAGCUCAACAAGCUACGGGUGCUGGAACCAGAGGUGGACCAGAAGACCAGGGAGCUCAAGGAGGAGUGUGAAGACUUUGUUGACAAAAUGGGCCAGUUUCAGAAGAUAGUGGGUGGUCUCAUCGAGCUGGUGGAUGAAUUGGCAAAAGAGGCAGAGACAGAAAAGAUGAAGGCUAUUGGAGCCAGGAACCUGUUGAAGUCUGUGGCCAAGCAGAGGGAGGCCCAGCAACAGCAGCUCCAGGCCCUGAUAGCAGAGAAGAUGAUGCAGCUGGAGAGGUAAGAAYACUUUAAAUCCAUUUCACCUCAAAAAAGCACAAGAAAGAUGAUUGACACCCAACAUCUCAGAUUGUUCUGAAAUUGUUUUUGUUGUUGUUAGAAACAGAUUAGUAUUCCUGAAACAUUUUAUUAUGUUGAAAUAUAAUUUGAUGUCUGAGUAA